AUGUACAUGAGUGGGGAGAAUGAUGAAUGCGACGCGUGGUGCGGCCUUUCACGGCCUAUGUCAAACAACGGAUCGCAGGCAGUGGAAGUCGAGGAAGACGAGUUCGAGGAGUUUAUGGAGGAUGAUUGGCCAGUGAACAGGCAGGAGGACACGUCUCUGUGGGACACCGAGUGGGACAAGGAGGAGGUGGACGAGGCGUUUGCCGCCAAGCUCAACGCAGAGAUUCAGCAGAGUGCGAGCAACGCAGCAGCACCAGCAGAGUGA